AUGGUUGAACCCAUUUCUGUCGAGCAGAUCCCCAUCUCGUCCAAGCAAAAUUCCAGGAUGCCAAAGACGAAGACCCUGCUGUUCAAUAUUCUCUUAAUCCUGCUUUCGCUCUGCGCUGUAGUGGCACUCAUCGUCGCCUCGAUCGCACUGAAGAAGACACAGGAGCUUGGAGACUUCAAGUCCUCGCUCUUCAUCAGUGACCUGGAGCGCAUAUUCAAUAGCACGGCCUAUGCUAUUGCAAAAAGUGGACCAGAUGCACCGGCAUGCAGUAAUCUUACUGCCGAGACUGUCACCGGCCAAACGACACUGCCUGGUGAUUGUGUGUCUGUGAAAGAGAGCUAUGAUAUGUGGGUGACCAGGCUGGCAGAUAACUGUGCUCCAUAUCUUUUUGCCGAGGAGGAUUGUACUGGUGCUUUUAGAGAGUUUGAGAAGUUGGCUACCCCUGCCUGUAUCGUUGCAGCAGGAGGAGGCCGGUUGAGCGGGAAGGAGGGGAACUUUUACAGGAGCUUUCAGAUAUCAUGUACCUAG